UUAUUCCUGGACCGGUCUUUCAGGUUAUUCAUGAUCUUGUUCUGUAAGAUCGAACUGUAGUAUAUUCUUAUCACUGUUUAUCCAGCAUUAACAGUAACUCAGCUGUCUGAUGUCACCAAUCACAAUGUCUGUAUUGUGUCAGCCAGGUGAUCAGUUAAAGUUUGACAAUAUGAUUAUAUGACGAUUUUUAAAGUGCGGAAGGGCAAGCCACCUCCUGCUGAUGCCAGCAAAAGACCUCGAAGAGAUAAGCAGAUAAAAAAUAAAAUAAAAACAUAAUGGGUAGUGAAUAUUAUUUUACAUUAUUAUAGGGCUAGUCAGGUAGCAAUGUUCUUGAAUGGUGGCUAGUAGGGCAGCAAUUCAUCUAUCGGUUAUCAAAAUGAUUAAUCAAAUUACUAGUGUCACAAUUUCUUAAUAGCUCUUAUUUAGCGAUCAGCUUUUAUAUUUCCUCUGAGGUUCUUUCAUGCAUGUGGGAACUAACAAUCAAGAUGGUAAAGAUGAAUACUUCAUGAAGGUACUGAAUUGUAAUUUAUGGAAGUUUAGGUGCAUUUUGUUUCUGAAAUAAGUGACAUACUAAACAACUUAACUGCGUUAUUAAAUCAUCUGUAUAAACUGUCCGUAUUAAACACUCUCGGUAGAGAUGAACUCACUCUAAUCUUACGCGUCGCGUACUCUACAAUGUCUCGGAACUAUAUAUCGGACUUGAGGUUUCAGACGGACCCAGAUGUGAGAGGGACUCUGUUGCCACUGGCAGCGACAGGCGUUACUAUGGUGGCCUAUCACUGCUGACAGGAUUUCACUUUUACACGGGGAUUUAAUACACGGGCACAGUAAAUAAAACCGACACGCUAAAAUAUUUUCCACGUGAACCAUGAAGCGAAGCUUAUUUUGGACAGAAAAUUUCAUUUGGGACUGAGUUCAUCGAGUUGAAGGGAACAAGCUAAUGGUAGCAUGUAGCUACGACGUUUACUUCACAUGCCAAAACGCAGUGCGCGUUCAUGGACUGCUAGUUGUUUCGUUUACUCUGGCGGUGUUUGUAACGCGAUGGUGUGAGGAGUGCUUGGACAUGUCCUGCAGUCACCUCGCCCUGAGCAACACUGUGUACCAUGGCGGAAAGGUUUCCUCUGGCGGAGAAGGCCAUGUCGGAGGGGUUCGCUCGGCUCCGGUACAGAGACACGUCGCUGCUUAUUUGGCAGCAGCAGCAGAUGGAGCUUGAGAAAACACCGACCAACUACCUGAAGCGCAGCCGCAGCGCCUGGUACAGUCAGUACGGCAACCAGGCCGUGGUGGUGCGGGACAGACACACACUCCAGCAGCGUGAAAGCGGCUCCCGCAUAUGCGCGGUUAUGUAGCAGUGUUACUGGAUCCUUUUACAGUCCUUGUUUUAGACACGGUUUUGAAAUACUGUCUUAAAUAUUGUUGAAUGCGUUUACUAAUGUAUGUUACACCUUCAUGUCUGUGAUAUUUCUGAGACUUACUGACAGAUGUACUUUUAAACAUGUAUUUUUUUCUUCAGUAUUUGUACUAAACGUUCUCCCACUAAGCACAA